AUGCUAACAAUAUUUUUAUUGCUGGUAAUAUUUUUUUUUAUCUAUCUAUCUAUCUAUCUAUCUAUCUAUCUAUCUAUCUAUCUUUUUUUUAUUUUUCUUUCUAUUUUUUAUCUAUCUAUCUAUCUAUUCUAUCUAUCUUUUUUUAUUUUUCUUUCUAUUUUUUUAUCUAUCUAUCUAUCUAUCUAUCUAUCUAUCUAUCUAUCUUUUUUAUUUUUCUUUCCUUUUUUAUCUAUCUAUCUAUCUAUCUAUCUAUCUAUCUAUCUAUCUAUCUCAUAUUUUUUUUUAUUCAUCUAUUCAUCUAUCUAUCUAUCCAUCUAUCUAUCUAUCUAUUUUUUUUAUUUUCUUUCUAUUUUUUAUCUAUCUAUUCAUCUAUCUAUCUAUCUAUCAUCUAUCUAUCUAUCUAUCUAUCUAUCUUUUUUAUAUUUCUUUCUAUUUUUAUCUAUCUAUCUAUAUCUAUCUUUGUUAUUUUUCUUUCUUAUUUUUUAUCUAUCUAUCUAUCUAUCUAUCUAUCUAUCUAUCUAUCUUUUUCAUUUUUCUUUCUAUUUUUUAUCUAUCUAUCUAUCUAUCUAUCUAUCUAUCUAUCUAUCUAUCUCAGUAUAUAUUGGUUUGCCUCCUUUUGUUUUAUGGCAUAUCAACCUCAAUGGGUUAUUUAAUGCCAACAAUAUUUUUAUUACUGGUAAUAUUUUUUUUAUCUAUCUAUCUAUCUAUCUAUCUAUCUAUCUAUCUAUCUAUCUAUCUAUCUAUCUCACUCGCUAUUAA